AUGGAGCACCGGCAAUAUGAACAACGAAGUGCUGCAGUUGGUGAUAUCGGCGGGACACUAGAUGACGCUAAAAGGCGACAAGGAGAUGAACGGAUAGUGUUGGAGUCCGUAUAUGGUGAAGACUUCCGCGAUGCUGCCCAAAAUGCUUGGAAGAUAUGGCAACCACUUGACGUCAUCCUGCAUUUAAAACCUGUUCGAUCAGUUAGCACCACCAGCGGCAAAAUUUACGUCUCGUUAGAUCUUCAUGUAAAAUGUCCAAAAACAUAUCCAUUAUAUGGGACACCAGUGAUUGCGCUAGAAAAUAUACAAGGUAUUUCGCUGAGGGAUAUUGAUAAACUUAAACAGAUGCUAGAUAGUAAAGCAGCAUCAUUGAAAGGAAACGAAAUUGUUCUAGAACUGUGCCAGAUGGUUCAAGAAUUUCUAUAUGAACGAAAUAAACCUCCAGAAGGAUCUUUUUUCGAUGGCAUGUUACAGCAGCAUGCAGCAGUGGAACAUGAACGGAGGAGACAACGAGUAAGAUCGGAACAGCGUGAUCGCGAGGAUGUUGUAGCAUUUCAAAAAAUGCAUGAAGAAAAACUGAUGUGGCGGAAGGCUGAGGAAGGUGAACCCACGACACCAGUUGAUGAUAGUUCAUACGAAACAUUUUCCUGUAUCGAUGGUGUUCAAAGGCGGUUGACCAAAAUGAACGAUUUUAGGAGGCGGCCGAAUAUUAGUCCGUUCUGUCGGGAAUGGUCAGCUGUGGAUUGUGCUACGGGCCAUGAACUUUUUAUUACGGAAUGGACAUUUGCGGCGACAGCCAAGACGCCCAUAUCAUCGCUUAAACCUUUUAUUACUCAUUUUAAACAGCUGGAAAAGAAAUUAAAACAAAUUUCAAGAAUUUCUGUCACUGAGCCAACAUUAUGCAGUUAUGAAAUGCUUUGUGUGCAGAAGAAUAAAUUGACAGUUUCGGAAAUUAAUGUUUGUGUUAUAAUUGGUCAAAAUAUCGAUGGGAAUGACCGGAAUUUAUCAUCUCAAAUUGAUAUUUUCGAAACCGAUAAAACACUUUUAGUUCGCCUUGCUGUCCAACUUUUAGAUGGUUUGCGAUUUCUUCACGAAAGAAAUUUGGGACAUUUUGAUCUUGACCUGAUGUCUAUAUGGAUCACUGGCAAACGGAACUUUCGUUUAUCUGAUUAUUUCCUGAGGUCACUGCUUUUGAAUCGAUAUAGGAUUAUCAAGGAAUGUGUCGAAAUGGUCGGUGAAAAUAUCGCCUCCGGUUCUUCAAUAGAUAAAUUGCCACAUAAUGAUUUGGCUUCAUUGGGCAACAUUUUCAGCAAAUUCAGGGGGCUUCCGGCGGUUGCGAACGAUCCAGAUUUUUCUAAAAAUCUCGAAAGCUUCGUGAAAGCUUGUCGAAACACCAAAAUCUUGAAAAUCUUAAUGGAACAUCCCUUUUUACAUCAAGAUGAUUUGUUCCAGUCUUUGAUUGACGUUGAGAAAGAAGGCUUCCAGCAAAUUGCGCAUAGUAGGCUUCGAAACGAAUUUAUUUUUAUCGAAAUGUUGGGGAAAGGCGGUUUUGGUGAUGUCAUGUUGGCAAAGAAUAAACUGGAUGGUAAUGAUUAUGCGAUCAAACGGAUACCCUUAGAUCCCAAGGAUGAGCGAUUCAGUCGAAAAGUUACACGCGAAGCGAAGCUGUUUUCGAAAUUAAAUCAUCCAAAUGUUGUUCGUUACUACAGUGCUUGGAUUGAGCAAGCUUCUACUGUUACAAAAGAAGCUGGACCGAAAAGUAGUAGUAGUGAAGUAAAUGUUAAUAGUGGUCAAGAAGUGGGAACCGAAGAUUCCUUGAUGCCCAUGCAAAUAAAGAAUAACGAAAAAGUGGCAAAACGUUUAGCUGUAGAUACGACAGCCGAGUGGUCAACGUCAUUUCAAGUGGCUUCUAUGUAUGAACUGGAUUCUGUUUCCGAAGAGCAAUGCAAAGAGCCUGUCCGAACGUUAUUCUCGCCUACUGGUCUUAGUACCGUUGAAAAUUCGGACUUUGAAGUGCUUUUUGAAGAUGAAGGCGACAAUGAGGAUUCGAGUGAUGAAAAUGUCGAUACACCAUCAAACCGGACGUUACCAUCUGGAACGACAGCACGAAAUUCUUCCACGCUCUCUCUAAGAAUUUUAUUCAUUCAAAUGGAAUAUUGUGAGAAGUCUACUUUGCGUAAUUUAAUUGACAGUUCGAAACUGCUGAAAAAUCCACGGCAAAUAUGGCGUUUAUUUCGUGAAAUAUUGCUCGGGUUGCAAUACAUCCAUCAAGAAGGCAUGAUUCAUCGUGACAUUAAGCCGAUGAAUGUUCUGAUAGAUGGUAGCGAUCAUGCAAAAAUUGGUGAUUUUGGUCUCGCAACUCGCGAUAUUAUGUCGAAAAAUCUAUCUUCUUUAAAUGAGUCGGAUAUGAAUUUUUCUAUGACCAAAGAUAUUGGCACAGCUCUUUAUAUUGCACCAGAAUUAUUGUCAACUGCUGGUGAAAGCAUCGAUUACACAACUAAAAUCGACGUUUAUAGUCUUGGCAUAGUCUUGUUUGAAAUGUUCUAUCGACCUCUUCUGCCUGGUAUGGAACGAAUAGCAGUAAUAAAAAAUCUGCGUGGUUCGGGUCAUUUUCCCUCUGAUUUCGGGGCUGGUAUGUUGGAGAUACACCAAAAAGCUGCCAAAAAACUGAUCAAAUGGAUGUUGGAAAUCCAAGCAGAUGAUCGGCCAUCGGUGCAGAUUCUUCUAGAGAGCGAUCGUAUUCCAGUAGCAGAAAUUGAAGAGAAUGAUUUCCAAAAAAUGUUUUGUCAAGCUAUUCGGAGCAGAGGACGUUUGCAUCAUUGGAUAAUUGAUACGUUGAUAGCUAAUCCGGUAUUACCAGCAGCAGAUUAUCUUUAUGAUCGAGGCAUUUGUUCUGCUGACCGACUGAGUUUACCACGAUUGCGUGCUGUCGAGUCCCUACGUAACAAACUGUGCCGUAUCUGUUCAACACAUGCUUUUAUUCCAUUUGAUAUGCAUUCAAUUACACCAUUCAAUGCCAAAAAUGCACCUGAAAUGACGAAUUCGAAAUCACGCGCAUGUAGAUUUGUUGAUGAAAAUGGAAUUUCAGUAAUGUUACCGUAUGACUUACGACGAGCUUUUGCGCGUUAUUGCGUUCGUAAUGGAGUAAAUCGUCUGAAAAGAUAUGAUUGUGGUAAAGUGUUUGGACGUCCCGAUGCUGCUGUCAGCAUGCAUCCCAUUGAGCGUAUUGAAUUCGCUAUUGAUGCUGUUGGUCCGAUAAGUUCAUCGCAAAUGCUUACAGCCGAUAUACUGUGCAUUACUAUCGAGACAGUCCAUCAGCUUGAUUGUAUAUCGUCGCAUAAAUGGGAAAUCCGGAUGGGACAUCGGGAUUUAAUUAUUGCUGCCAUUUUGUAUCUUGGUUUCGGUGAUUUCAGCACACAGAACAAAAUACUAAAUAUUCUGUACGCGAUUGCAACAUCAAACAAAAUGCUUAAUCGUGAACAAAAAAUCGAACGACUUCGGGCCGGUACGGAAAUGUCAUUCAGUCAAGCAAAUUCACUGCUUAAUGUUCUGGAAGGUGAUGAUUGCACAUUAGAAGCGUUGGUAGCAAGGACGGAAUGUCUGGUAAACUGUCGUGAUGAUCGUGUUCAGAAGCAUUCUAAGAAGGCAUUGAGUGACCUCACAAAUUUAGCCAUAUUGUUGAAAUGUUUCAUCGAUGAUAUGACUGAGCACAUCUUGUUCGACGGCACUCUUUGUUAUCGACCACAUACAUACUGCAGUGGCCUCAUGUUUCAGUUACGAGUACUCGUCCUGCAUAAACAAACAAUACGGCCUGUCAUUAUUGGUGCUGGAGGUCGAUAUGAUACCUUGCUAGAUGACGAGCGUCAUGCGCAAGAUCUAAUUCCUCCCACUCCACUAUGCGCGGUUGGAUGCAGUCUAUCACUCGAUAUUCUUGCUCACUUUUGUUGCACAAAUAAACCGGACUUUGGAUCGGUUUGCGGUCAAGCAUUAGUUUGUUCAGUCUCUGAUCAGUUCCUAAAAACAACUGCAAAUUUGGUGAAACAGAUGUGGUCAUGCGGAAUCCAGACAGAUGUUUUACAUGACCCAGUCGCUCCGAUGCAAAUAACGGAACUUAUUGAGCAUUGUAACGAAACACAUAUCGAAAUGCUGUUAGUGGUGUAUGGAGAAAAUGAAGUAUUAACUCGUAUCGGUGGUGUUGACUUGGGCAAGCUUACGUUCGAUGAAAUGUUGAGUAAAUUUGAGGUUUACCAGAAUGAUGUUUCCUUUGUGGAAGCAUUUCCACAUUUAUCUAAUAUCACUUCGCCUGUAAGGCACUCGCUAAACACACUACCAGUAGCUGCCACUCCUGCUAGCCUGAACGUGAGAUAUGCUUUAACCGAGAAACCGGCAGCUCAUAUCCGAAAAAGGAAUGAGACUCAAAUUCGUGCUUGUCUGCAAAAAGUGGUUAUUGCUUUGGCGCCUCAAACAGUGGUUGAAGUAGUCGUCACGGAAAUCUCAGUGGAUGCAAUUCGUCUGCUUGCAACACUUAUUGAUCGUAAUUUCACAGUGGACGAACUUUUGAGUGCUUUCACGGCUGCUGCAAAGCAACUAAGCAAAUUCAAACGGGAAUUCAAGCGGAUAGAGGAAGUGAUUGAACCAUUCUUUCAACUCAAGAAUACCUCACCUAUUGUACUGUAUUCAAAACAAGAUUGUAAUGGUUAUUACAAAUUAAUACUUUAA